AUGGGAAAAGCUUCAAGAGAUAAAAGGGAUAUCUACUACCGAAAAGCAAAAGAGGAAGGUUGGCGAGCUCGAAGUGCCUUCAAGCUCCUUCAGAUUGAUGAGGAAUUCAACAUAUUCGAAGGAGUGAAGCAUGUGGUAGAUCUAUGUGCAGCACCUGGUAGCUGGAGCCAGGUUUUGAGUCGUAAAUUGUAUCUCCCAGCAAAGCUGUCAGCUGAUUCAAAGAAUAGUGAUCUACCACUUAUUGUAGCCAUUGAUUUGCAGCCCAUGGCUCCUAUUGAAGGUGUUAUUCAAGUGCAAGGUGAUAUAACUAAUGCUCGAACGGCUGAAGUGGUCAUUAGACAUUUUGAUGGAUGCAAGGCUGACUUGGUUGUAUGUGAUGGUGCUCCCGAUGUAACCGGACUUCAUGACAUGGAUGAAUUCGUUCAGUCGCAACUCAUAUUAGCAGGCUUGACUAUAGUUACCCACAUACUUAAAAAAGGCGGAAAGUUUAUUGCAAAGAUAUCCGUGGAAAAGACACAAGCCUCCUCUAUUGUCAGGUUGGUUAACUACUUGCAUUAA